CCGCCACACACGUGCCUCUCUCCUCGAUUUUAUAUCCCCUCUCUCCCGCCGCCGCCUUCCGUCCGUCGUUCGCCGACCGCUCCUCUCUUUCUAUCUCUCUCUCCUUUCGUUGUGAAGAUGUGCAACAAAAUUUUGUAAUAUUGAUCGACUCUACCGAAAGUUCAAUAAUAAACAAUUCCAUUUCAACGUUUCUCAGUCACAUUCUGCUCCUGAUUUGUCUUCCUCUAGCAUUUCAAUUUUCCGGUAAUAAUGAAUACCCUAGCUGCCACUUCGAAUCAAUUGCCUCUAACUCUCCGGCUGCCGUCCAAGAUUUCUCUCAACUAUGACUCUAAAUUGUCAAGAUUGAGCUCGACCUCUCGAGCUCUUGUCGGCGGUAACCCAAGAGCGCGUGCAAUCAAAUGCUCUGCUGUAUCACUGGUCGACAGUCCAGAAGCAUUUAUUGAAGCUUCAAAGAAGGGGAAUUUGAUCCCGCUUCACCGAUGCAUAUUCUCUGAUCACCUUUCGCCAGUGCUUGCGUACCGCUGUUUGGUCAAGGAAGAUGAUAGAGAAGCCCCAAGUUUUCUAUUCGAAUCCGUUGAACCUGGCCUGCAAGUUUCAAAUGUUGGGAGAUAUAGUGUCGUUGGUGCUCAACCCUCAAUUGAAAUUUUGGCGAAAGAAAAUGUUGUUACAAUUUUGAAUCAUGAAGAAGGGAAAAGAACGGAGGAGAUUGUUGAGGAUCCUAUGACAGUGCCUCGAAGAAUCAUGGAGAAAUGGAAACCUCAACUAAUUGAUGAACUUCCUGACGCUUUUUGUGGAGGAUGGGUUGGUUACUUUUCGUAUGAUACUGUCCGCUAUGUAGAAAAGAAGAAAUUGCCAUUCUCUAGUGCACCAACAGAUGACAGAAACCUUCCUGAUGUUCAUCUAGGACUUUAUGAUGAUGUUAUUGUGUUUGAUCAUGUGAAUAAGCAAGCUUAUGUGAUUCAUUGGGUUCACUUGGAUCAAUAUUCUUCAGUUCAAGAAGCAUACAAGGAUGGAACCGCUCGGUUGGAGAAGUUACUCUCCAGAGUACAUGACAUAGUUCCACCAAAACUUCCUGCAGGAUCAAUAAGAUUAUUAACUCAUCUUUUUGGUCCAAAACUGAAGAUGUCAAGUAUGACAAGUUUAGAGUACAAGAAGGCAGUUUUGCAGGCUAAGGAGCACAUCCUGGCAGGGGAUAUCUUCCAAAUUGUAUUAAGUCAGCGUUUUGAGCGCCGAACAUUUGCAGAUCCAUUUGAAGUUUACCGAGCUUUGCGGAUUGUCAAUCCCAGCCCAUACAUGACUUAUUUGCAGGCUAGAGGUUGCAUCCUAGUUGCUUCAAGUCCAGAAAUUCUUACACGCGUGAAGAAGGGAAAGAUUACAAAUCGACCCCUAGCUGGAACCAUUAGAAGAGGGAAAACAGAAAAGGAGGAUAAAAUGUUGGAGAAGGAGCUUUUGAACGAUGCAAAGCAGUGUGCUGAGCAUAUCAUGUUGGUUGACUUGGGAAGAAAUGAUGUUGGGAAGGUAUCAAGAUCUGGCUCGGUUAAGGUUGAAAAGCUAAUGAAUAUUGAGAGGUAUUCUCAUGUCAUGCACAUUAGUUCAACUGUCACAGGUGAGUUAGUAGAUGAUUUGAACAGUUGGGAUGUCUUGCGAGCUGCCUUGCCGGUGGGGACAGUUAGCGGAGCACCAAAGGUGAAAGCAAUGGAGUUGAUUGAUCAGCUGGAGGUUACCAGGCGAGGACCGUACAGUGGUGGGUUUGGUGGGAUUUCAUUUUCAGGAGACAUGGAUAUAGCCCUUGCACUAAGGACCAUUGUCUUCCCCACUAACACCCGUUACGACACCAUUUACUCGUAUAAGGAUGCAAACCGCCGAAUGGAAUGGGUAGCUCACCUCCAAGCCGGCGCAGGCAUUGUGGCGGACAGUGACCCCGGUGACGAACAAAGGGAGUGUGAGAACAAAGCCGCUGCACUUGCCCGUGCAAUUGACCUUGCAGAGUCGUCAUUCAUCGGAAAAUAGUGACAAACUUAUGUUUAUUCUUACUGUUCUUUUCCAUCCAUCGCUCAGUAGUUUCAAGUUCCAAUUUUUGGGUUCAAAAAUCACGAUAGAUAUAACCAUUUUAUAUUAGUUUUUAUUACUCCA